GUUUAUGAGAGAGAAGAUGAUCUUCAAUCUCCUCUGGUGCUGGCCAUCGCGCUCAAGUCGUCCGCCAUGGGCUUCAUCAUCGUGGCGGCGCUGUUCGGCAACCUGCUGGUGAUCGUGAGCGUGAUGCGCCACCGCAAGCUGCGCGUGCUCACCAACUACUUCGUGGUGUCGCUGGCGCUGGCCGACAUGCUGGUAGCGCUGUGCGCCAUGUGCUUCAACGCGAGCGUCGAGCUGACGGCCGGCACCUGGCUCUUCGGCUACUUCAUGUGCGACGUGUGGAACUCGCUGGACGUGUACUUCUCGACGGCGUCCAUCCUGCACCUGUGCUGCAUCAGCGUGGACCGCUACUACGCCAUCGUGCGGCCGCUCGACUACCCGCGCAUCAUGACGCCGGCGCGGCUCGCCGCCAUGCUGGCCGUCGUGUGGUGCUCGCCGGCGCUCGUCUCGUUCGUGCCCAUCUUCCUGGGCUGGUACACCACCGACGAGCACCUCGAGUUCCGCCGCCGGCACCCGGACCGCUGCGCCUUCACCGUCAACAAGGCGUACGCCGUCGUCUCGAGCAGCGUCAGCUUCUGGGUGCCCGGCGUCAUCAUGAUCUUCAUGUACUACCGCAUCUACGUAGAGGCCGACCGCCAGGAGCGCAUGCUCUACAGGACGAAGGUGGCGGCGGCGCUGCUGAACAAGCACCUGCAGAUCAACGGCAUCGGCGGCGGCAUUAGCACGCUCAACGGCGACGCGGCCGAGGCCUCGGCGGGGGCGGCGGCAGGCCCGGGGGCGGCCCCGGGGGCGGCCCCGGGGGCGGCUGUUGCAUCUCUGCCACCGCCGUCGCCGGCCGCUACGGUGGAGCCGCUCGCCUCCAGCAAGAUGCGCCGCGAGCGCAAGGCGGCGCGCACGCUCGGCAUCAUCAUGUCCGCCUUCCUCGCCUGCUGGCUGCCCUUCUUCCUCUGGUACAUCAUCACGACGCUGUGCGGCGAGGAGCGGUGCUACUGCCCGCCCGUGGUGGUGGCGGCCGUCUUCUGGGUCGGCUACUUCAACUCGGCGCUGAACCCGCUCAUCUACGCCUACUUCAACCGCGACUUCCGCGCCGCCUUCAAGCUGACGCUGCAGGCGUGCUGCGUGUGGCUGCUGCUGGGCCACGGCCACCUCGCCUGUCUGCGCUCGCGGGGGCGGACCAGGGGGCGCAACGGCUCCUCCGACGGCCUGCCCAACCACCAGCAGCUGCGCGGCGCCGCCACCACCGAAGUCAGCAUCAACAACGUCCAGUCGGAGGACGUCAUCUGA